AUGCUUCUUAACUCAAGAUAUCCAAAUAAUGAUAAUGAGAAUCGUUAUAAGCAUUCCGUUGUGAACAUUUCGUUUAUUUCUGUUGAAGCGGAAUUCGAUGCAUUGAACAAUCAUCAGUUGACAUUAUCCCCACCAAUCAACAUCACCUUGAAAAUUAAUUCAAAACUAAUAGACUUUGAGUUAGAUACAGGCAGUCCAGUCACAAUCUGCAGUGGACAAUACUGGUUCAAGGUAUUUGGACACAGUGCUUAUAAAGACUUAGAAGAGGCACAUGUUAGGUUAAAAACAUAUACAGGCGAAUCAUUAUGCAUAUUGGGAUUUAAAAAUGUCGUGUUCGAGUAUAAAAAUCAUGCUACUGUAUUAACAAUCUACAUUGCUAGGGGUAGUGGACCAAAUCUACUCGGUCGUGACUGGUUAUUCAAAGUAAUAAAUUUCCAAAAUAAUUCUAAGCAUGAUUCUCUAAUUAUUGACCAGUUUUUAGCGAAAUACAGUCAUGUAUUUGAUAAGGAUAGUAAUGUGGAAAAAACAAAAUCUAUUAAAGUCUUACUACCUAUUGCAGACAGUGUAUCACCAAAAUACUAUAAACCACAUACAUUGAAGAAUACUUUAAAAUACAAAGUAGAAAUGGAACUAAAAAGGCUUCAGUCUGAAGGUAUUAUCGAAUCCGUACAGUUUUCCACCUGGGCCACACCGAUUAUACCUAUACUUAAGUCAGAUAAUAACGUUCACAUAUAUGGUGAUUAUAAAAUCACACUAAAUAACUAUUUUGCAGCAGAAAAGAAAUAUAUGAUACCAACAAUUGAAGAGGUCUAUCAGCGACUGUGUGGUAGGAAUACUAGCAGUAAAUACUUUUCAAAAUUGAAUGCUACCUGCAUAUUCCAACAGUUACAGUUGGAUGAUAAGUCAAAAGUCUAUACAACAAUAACAACACAUAAAGGAUUAUAUCAAUAUAAAUAUCUUCCAUAUGGGAUAAAUUGUAAUUUUCACAUAUUCUAUGAAGUAUUUGACACUAUAUUAGCAGGGAUACCAAACGCAGUAGCAUAUCUAGGUGAUAUUUUAAUCGGUAGUGAAACAGUUGACGAACAUUUGACUAUUAUAAGGCUAAUUUUAACAAGAUUGCAAGAAUAUGGUUUGCACCUGAAGAAGGAUAAAUGCAGCUUUUUAAUUGAACACUUAGAAUAUAUUGGUUACCGGUUGGAUUGUAAUGGCUUGCACUUGUUAAGUGAACGUAUUCUACCAAUAUUAGAUUUACCGCAACCGUCUAAUAUUCAUGAACUGAAAUCAUUUUUAGCCCUGUUCAGUUAUUUUGCUCAAUAUAAUAAAGACAAUUUCGAAAAUAUUGAGCAUUUAACACAACCUUUAAAUGAAUUACUGGUUAAAAAUGUUGAAUGGAGGUGGGAUAAAACAGAAGUAGAUUGUUUUCAAAAAAUUAAAGAAAUCCUAAUCGGACCAAAAGUUUUAACUGAAUUCGAUCCUGAAAAGACAACUGUUCUUUUGUGCAAUGCUUCAGCCCAUGGAAUUGGUGCAAUACUCACUCAAUGUACCAAUCAUUUAAAAAUGAUAUAA